ACAUGAUCAAGACGUUGAAUCCUUACUCCAACACAGCCAAAACGGCUGAAAUCAUGUCGAGGUACAGGCCUAUAGCGCCGAAGCCCGAGGUGCCUGCAAACGCCGUAGAUGAGAGCUCGGCUAUGUCGCAGGUGAUCAGGCAGUCUCCUUAUCUGAGGAAUUUAUGGCCUCGGCUUCAGGAUAGGCCUAGUAGGACUAGAAAGAGAGGUAGAGCUGCUUUAUCACCGCCAACAUUCAAGAGAGCAAAAACCCAUGUCACAGGGCUUCCUUCACCUCUAACAUCAACAUCAUCCCCUGCUAAAAACCUUUUUUUGCGUGGCUUUUCUCAUGGAACUCAGCUUUCUGAUGUUAAUAACUUUGUGGUAGAUGGUGGCGGCUUGGAGAUUUCUUCCACACCACCAGCAAGUUUGGUGACACUUCCCCUUCUUCCAUGUCCUCCCAUUGUUUCCAACCUUAGUUGCAUGGAAUCUAGAGCGGGGGAUGAUCAGGUAAUUGAUUUGAAUUCAGUGGCUGAAAUUCCAGAAGAGAAAGAUCUGUUGAAGCAGCUCCAAGGUGAUCCUUUCUCAAGCAGCGUUAUCGCACCUCAGCCGAUUCGACUCGUUGGCUCCACCAUCAGCGUCGGAUGCAUCACUGAGAACCCGAACCUGACCUCGCCAAUGCAAGUCCUGAAGAAACCAGAGGAGGCCGAAGAAGAGGUGGAGUCCGAGGCACUGCCAGCAGUGGUGUCUGACUCGAACAACAAAGUCAGACUGGCGAAUUCUGCAUACAAUGAAAUGAUCGGUCAACCAGAAUGCCCAUGGCUCAAUUCAAUGGUGAGAGGAGGAGGCAAGAGAAUAUGUGGGGAAGUGAUGCUUCGUUUAUCUGAUUCGAGGGUGCCACUUGAAUCAAACGGGUUUUCGUGCUGGACGAGGAUCGAGUGGGGAAGUGAAGGAAAAAAGAAGUCCAUCAAAGCAUUAUGCGAUGUCAUCAGAUUAUCAUGUCAAUCAAAUGAUUACCUCUUCACAUGGAGGUUCCACACCAACAACAAGAGGGAAGCAUCUCAGUCCACCACUAAUGUCUCAAAUUUGAAACUGUAAUUUCAAAAUGUACACAGUUUUUAACUGAAAAAUGCACCUUAGCUACCUACAUAUUAUAU